AUGGGCAGCAAUAACAAUAGGUCACGCCGCAAGAAAAACAGGCGUCAAGAUGAAGAUCCUAUUGCAAAAUUCUUCGCCCAAUACCCUGCAUUUCGUUAUCGCCCAGAAAAGCCAAUUGUGGCAGAAUUCUAUCGCAUGUGCGAUUAUUUCGAAUGGGAUAAGCAAAGUUAUGAGAAGCGGGAGGCAUCUAGGAAAUUCAAAAAUGCAAUGGUCGUGAAAUUCAAUAACACAUAUGGUACUGAUGUUCACGAUAUCAAUUGCUGGCACAAAUUGUGCCUUGCUGUCGACAUUGAUCCCAUUCCGUACACGAUCAAGGAAUGCAAGAAGGAAAUCAGCGACAUUUACGUCAACCUUGUUGACCUUGUCGACAACUAUUCCGGCCGCAAGGCCAAGCUAUUUGAUUCACUGGAAGAUCUCCGUGAAUACACCAAAAAAACCGGAAAAUUUUUCCCCAAGGAGUCUGCAUAUGCUGGUGGAGUGCUCAAAUAUUUGCUUCGGGAGAUCCUAACCAGCUAA